AUUCCAUCAUAGUUCGCUAACUACCUACUUAUCGUAUGUCUUGCAUCUGCUACCCUUGUAUUCAAAGCAUGCCGUAUCUCCAGCCUCUAGCGCACCUCUACGGCUCGUAACCUUGGAAAUCCAAACUCGCUUUCCCCCACUAUACAGCUACAGAGCGCACAACGACGUCACCGAUGCAUAUUGUUGGCCAACAUCUGGCCCUUGUAUCCCAACCAAGUUCACACGACCAUAAUCUGGGCCGUUCACUAGGGCUGCAGGGAAUGCGGGAGAUAACCGCUCACCCACGCGGUCGUGGCAAGAAUGACGAAGGCAUCCUUCAAGCUAUAUAGCGACUAAUCCGCGGCGACGCCAAAAAGUUUCCUCACUUUCUAACUAUCGCAAACUCUCUCCCUUUUCAUUUCCCCAGGAGCGCACUGCACUUCUUCACGUUUUGCUUAUCAUAUAGAAGAUAGACCAACCACCAUGGGUUCCGAAGAACAAAAGCCCACCCCCGAAAACUCUACCCUCUUCCAGGGCUUCGAGUGGAAUGUGCCCCCGGACGGCGGCCACUGGAGACGCCUAACAACCACGCUCCCCGCGCUCCGCGACGUCGGCAUAACAGCCCUCUGGCUGCCUCCAGGCUGCAAAGCGCAAUCAGCCAACGGCAAUGGCUACGACAUCUAUGACCUGUACGACCUCGGCGAGUUCGACCAGAAAGGAGGCAAGGGCACAAAAUGGGGCACCAAAGAGGAGCUGAUAGGGCUGUCGAAUCUAGCCAAGGAGAAGGGCGUAUCUCUCUACUGGGACGCCGUGCUCAACCACAAAGCAGGCGCCGACCACACCGAGAAAUGCCGCGUCGUCGAAGUGGACGAGAACGACCGCACGAAGGAAAUCUCCGAUCCCUACGAGAUCGAAGGCUGGCUGGGUUUCGAUUUCCCCGGGCGCGGCGAUAAAUACAGUGCUAUGAAGUACCACUGGGAGCACUUCAGCGGCACAGACUGGGACCAAGCCACCGAGCGCAAAGCCAUCUACAAGAUCCUCGGCGACAACAAAGGCUGGAGCGAGUCGGUUGACAAUGAGCAAGGCAAUGCAGAUUACAUGAUGUUUGCGGACGUAGACUACUCGCAUCCGGAAGUAGAAGCCGACGUCAAGAACUGGGGCGUCUGGAUCACGAAGGAGCUCGGAUUGAAGGGCUUCCGACUCGACGCCGUGCAGCACUUCUCCGAGCGCUUCACCAACGAAUGGGUCGACAACCUGCGCGAGCAAUGCGGGGACGACAUCUUCCUCGUGGGUGAAUUCUGGGUCGGAGACGUCGACCAAAUGAUGCCGUGGCUCGAGAGAAUGAACCACAAGUUCUGUCUCUAUGACGCCCCGCUGCUAUACAACUUCUCUAGCAUCAGCAAGACCGAGGCCGCCGACCUGCGUAAAGUCUUCGAUGACACGCUCGUGCAAAAGGCUCCCGUCAUGUCGGUGACUGUCGUCAUGAACCACGACACGCAACCCGGACAGACCGUCGAGACACCCAUUGAAGGCUUCUUCAAGCCCCUCGCGUACUCCCUCAUCCUCCUGCGGAAGGAGGGCUAUCCGUGCGUCUUCUACGGCGACAUGUACGGCAUGAAGGGCAAGAAUCCCGAGCCGCCGUCCUGCGGCGGGAAACUCGCCGACCUCAUGCUCGCGCGGAAACUGUACGCAUACGGUAGCCAAGAGGAUUAUUUGGAUGACGCAAACUGCAUCGGCUGGGUGCGCCGCGGGACGUGGGAUAAGCCCGCUGGACUGGCGUGCGUGAUGAGCAACAAGGGGCCGGGGCAGAUCCGCAUGGCGGUCGGGAAGGAGCAUACGGGUGAGAAGUGGACCGAUGUCCUGGGCUGGGAGGAGGGCGAAGUGGAGAUCGACGAGGAGGGGUAUGGGUUGUUCAAGUGCCCCGGGGUGAGUCUCGCUGUGUGGGUGAACAAGGAGGCGGAGGGGAGGGAUAGAUUCCCCGUGAACUUUGAUUCCAACAUCUAUGGGGAGUAAAGGAGGGAUGAUGGUUUCCUUGGUUGGGAUAUUUGUUUCCAAGAUACCACGUAGAUACGUAGUAGACUUGCUUGCUUAGAGUCAUGCAAUUGAACG